ACUUUAUAAUUGAUUCUUAACUGUUCCUUGUUAUAUGAAAUAUUUUUGAACCGUCUCAUAGUUUGUCAAAGGAUGUAAUUUGUAUUAGUUAAUUUUUUUUAACGAAUCUACAUUUAAUCGAAUACUUAUUUGGUUUUCACUUUGUAGAAUAAUUAUUGACGUUUAGGAAAUAUGUUUGGACAAUUAAUGUUUAUUAGUUUAAUUUUUUAAACUUUUUUGAUUUUAAGUUUUUUUUGUAGACUCAUGACUUUUCGUUCAUUUUCAUUUCAGUUUUAGGAGAGACAAAUUCGUUUCGUUUCCACUUUUUGUACCAUUUAUUUUAAGGGUUCUUCCUGUAGUUAGUUUUUUUUUUACUUAUUUUUUACUUGACCGACGAGGAGAUUUGGAAGCAGGAUGAAGGACAACAAUCUAUCGGCACCGGCGGGCGUUUUGGUGGCGAAUCUGAAGCCGUGGGAGACCAUCGACUGGCCGGCGGAGCAGCAGCAUUGGAUCCACCGCAGCUGGGGUCAGUACUUCGCCAGGAUGCGGAAGAACAUCUUCGCCCAGCGGUAUUUCGACAAGUGCAUCAACGAGCACGAGGGCGUGGACCACAAGGCCUACUACCUGCGCAGCAAGUUCCAGAGAUCGGUGGCCCUCACGCAGGGCGCCUUGGAGGACAGUCUGAAGGCCUCGGAGGCGCGUGAGGUGUGGAAUGCCAACAUAUCCAUGGAACUGGCCGAUGCCAUGUACGAUCUGAAUCGUUUCGAGGACAACAAGGGUCUGCUGCACGACAACGUGCGUCGGCAUGCGGGCACCGCGAUGAAAGCCUUCGAGAAUCGCCUCCUGGUCGUCGAUGAGAAUCUCAAGGAUUGCACGGGCUACAGCCUGGCGAACUUCUUCAUGGAGCACUCGUCCCAGUUGCCGGGCUUCUAUGAGCACCAGCAGGAGGAGCUGCGGAAGGCGGACAAGCGGCCGUUGUGGAAGAUCCUCAAGGAGCGGAGGGAGUGCGAUGUCCAGAGCAUCAUGGAUCGCAAGGAGGUGAUGCUCUCUCCGCUGGAGAGUGAACGCAGGCGUCGCAAGAACAAGAUCUACUACCAAAACUACCUGGGUCGCAACUGGACCGAUUUCAUCUUUCUGAAGACGCUUCGCCGAAACCAAAGUUGUCUGCUGGAUCAUAAUUUUGGCUCUUCACCAGCCCGAACCGAGUAUCUGGAGAGUUCGUUUCAGCGGCUGACGACCUUCACGAAAAUGCUUCAGGCCAGAAGUCCCAUGUACAACGAGUACUUCCAGCGCAAUCCCCGCAUGGAGGCUCGCAUAAGGGAGUCGAAUCUGUUCAGGAUCCAAUACCAGACCAGACGCAAUAUGCUCAGCAUCCUGCGAACCAUUCAGGUCCUCAGGAAAAAUAAUGACAUCAAGCGCCUUCGUAAAUUCGUGGAGGAUGUGAUGGGCAACUAUGUGGUCAUCAAGACGAACCGCCUGAUGCCCUGGAAGGUGGAGUUCAUGAACGAGGUGUACAACAACCUAGCCAUGAGCCUGUGCGAGGGAUACCGCCUGCCGUCCACGAGGGUGACGCCCUACGACAAGAGCGCCAUGUGCCACCUGCUCAACAUUCCCACAGCCAAGCCUCUGGAGCACACGGAGUUCAUCUUCGGGGACCGGUCCACCUACUCCUAUGCGGGUCCCGACAAACAGAGCACCGACCGAUUGGCAGAUCAAAAUUUCAUCGAGUAUCUGGAGAAACGUCUAUUUUUCGCCCGCCUCCCGAUUGAAAGGAGCUACUUGCUCCACGAACUGGCGGAUCGGCACAUGCAGAAGAACCAUUUCAUCCAGAGUCUGUCCUACGCCCAGAAGGCCAUAGACGAGGCCAAGAUAUGCAAUAGUCGGAUUUGGGAGUUUUUGAGUACCAUGCUGAUGGCCAAGUCGCAUGCAGUGCUCCACAAAUACGAACGGCAAACGGAGGUCCUCAAUUCCGCCUACGAUCUGGCCACCGAACUGAAAUCGCCCCAACUGUGCACCUUCAUCGAACUGUGCCGCAUGCUGAACAAGGACUACAUAACGCUCCGCAAGAUGUCCCAGUUGGUGACCAGCAAGCGACUGCGCACCAAGAUCUCCAAUAGGUCCAGUUUCUUCACCUCACCCAACUAUUCGCCCAACUUAUUGGAAAGCAGGGAAAGUAAAAAGGAGGAGGUUGAUCUUUUGACUAUCUGAUUCGAGGGAUUGGAUGUCGGGGCAAUGAUUCAUUUGCACUGCCCUUUAUUCGAUCUUUCGGCUUCGGUUAAUCAAAAUAUCAGUCUCAGACACAGAAUCUUAGUAAAUGCCACAAAAUCCUAUAAAACAAUGUUAGUGCAAGCUAAAAAAAUUGUAGAAAACUGAACAAAAUUAUAAAAAUAUACCAAGAAUUUUCUGUAAUGUAAAAAUAUAACAUUUUAUAAUGCAAAAAAUCAUCAAAAUAUGUUUAACAUGCAAAAUUGUAAAAAUAUAUAUAGAAUUAAAUGU